AUGGCCAAUAAUAUUGCUAUGAUGAUGGAUGAUACAUUUGAUGAAAGUUUGUUCAAUUGUGGAUUGUCAAAUGAUCUCUCUAAAUAUCCUUUGGAGUUUGAUUUAUUUAAUAUUGAUGAAUCUGUGGAUCCAAACUCAAAAGAGUUGUUUGGUUCAGAAAAUUCUUUUUCAUCAGACCAAAAAAUGAACCUAGAGGAUAUUGACACAGAAAGUUUCUCUGUUAAGAGUACAGUCCAUGAAGAUGAAAUUGAAACUAGUGAUGAUAUUCUCAAUCCGAACAAAUUUGGUCAUUUUUCAACAACUGCUGCUUCACAUUCAAGUCUUAUCUCUCAAGAAUCUAAAAAAUUUAUUAGAUAUCCAACAAUUAUUGUCACAAAAAUUGUAAAACCUAUAAGAAAAAAAAUUUUUAUUACCAGGGAAUAUCCUAAACUUUAUGACUAUGAAGCUAACACAGAAUUUGAAUUGGCUGAAAGAAAAAUAGAAGUUUCAAGCAGUUUUGAUAAUACAGCUACGCAGAUACAAGACAAAAAUGUGUUAAUUCUCAGUGAAGAAGAAAGAAAGACUUUAAUUGCUGAAGGUUAUCCUGUUCCAAACAAAUUGCCUUUAACAAAAUAUGAGGAGAAUAUACUGAAAAAAGUUCGAAGAAAGAUAAAAAAUAAGAUGUCAGCUCAAGAAAGUAGAAGGAAAAAAAAGGAGUAUCUAGAUGGACUCGAGAGAAGAUUUGUGCAAGGAUUGAGAGUAGAAAGAUUUUGGGGUCCAGCAAAAACAAUGAUUUUCAGAUUUUGUUUAUCUGGUCUACAGGGUGCUUUAGACGAGAUGUACGUGUGGUAA